AUGAAGUUCUUCUCAUGUAUUGUUGCCAUUCUUGCAUUUACCAUUGCAAAUGAAGCUUUCCUCUUCGGUGGAGGUGGUGGUGGUGGAGGUGGAUGUGGUUGUUCUGCACCAGCUCCAAGUUGUGGAGGAGGAUGUUCAGCUCCAGCUCCAAGUUGUGGAGGAGGAUGUGAUAGUGGCUGUGGAGGUGGAAGCUCCUGUGGAGGAGGCUGUGGUGGUGGAAGCUCUUGUGGAGGAGGUGGAGGUUGUGGCGGUGGAAGCUCCUGUGGAGGAGGUGGAGGUUGUGGCGGUGGAAGCUCCUGUGGAGGAGGCUGUGGUGGUGGAAGCUCCUGUGGAGGAGGAGGUGGAGGCUGUGGUGGUGGAAGCUCCUGUGGAGGAGGAGGUGGAGGCUGUGGUGGCGGAAGCUCCUGUGGAGGAGGUGGAGGUUGUGGCGGUGGAAGCUCCUGUGGAGGAGGUGGAGGCUGUGGUGGCGGAAGCUCCUGUGGAGGAGGAGGUGGAGGUUGUGGUGGUGGAAGCUCCUGUGGAGGAGGAGGUGGAGGUUGUGGUGGAUGCUAA